AUGGAUCAGUAUAUUAGAGUACGUAAAAUAGGGGAGGGGUCUUGUCUGGCCCUACUUGUUAAAGGUCGAAAAGAUGGGAAGCAUUAUGUCAUUAAGGAAAUUAAUUUUGCUAAAAAAUCGAAGGAACGUGAUGAGGCCAGGAAGGAAGUGAGAGUAUUGUCACAAAUGAAACAUCCUAAUAUCGUUGCUUAUCAAGACUCAUUUGAAGGUUCUUUACACAUUGUAAUGGACUAUUGUGACGGAGGUGACCUCUAUAAACAUAUUAAUAAUCACGGUCAACUAUUUCCUGAAGAUAAAAUCUUAAAACUGGUUUUUGUCCAGUUAUGUCUGGCAUUAAAACAUGUCCACGACCGGAAAAUUCUUCAUAGAGACAUCAAAUCACAAAAUGUCUUCCUCACAAAGGGUGUGGUCAAACUUGGAGACUUUGGUAUCGCUAGAGUAUUAAACAGUACUGAAUUAGCUCGUACAUGUAUUGGUACUCCAUAUUAUCUAUCUCCUGAAAUAUGUGAGAAUAACCCCUAUAAUAAUAAAAGUGAUAUAUGGGCACUUGGCUGUGUAUUAUAUGAACUGACAACUCUUAAACAUGCAUUUGAAGCUGGAAAUUUACGUAAUCUUAUAAUGAAGAUAGUUAGUAAAUAUGAAGAAGUAAUUAACAGUCAACAAAUGGUCUUUUUUUAUUCUAGAGGUUCCUAUCCUCCUCUUCCUUCAUGUUACAGUCGAGAACUUCGUCACAAGCCUGUGGAGAUAGAACCAAAAUCUGAGGCACCAGCUAAAAGUGAGUCACCAUCAAGUAACGAGGGGGUGGAGCCAGAACAGAAAGAGACAUCGGAAAUUAAGCCUUGUCCCAUUGAUGGUAAUGUUCCUGUAAUUAAAGAAGCAUGGAUUGAAGGAAAGGAGGCACCGCCUACACAAGAUAACAAUAAAGAUAUGCCUACUACCAACAUUGUAAAGGAAGAUCUAGUUAAUGCUGUGACCAAGAUGAAUCAGCAGAUAAGGAGAUGGAGUCGACUCCACCCACUGAGAUUUUCUUUGGAAAAGGAUGGACAAGAUGACACUAAUGAUAAUGUGGGUGUGGUCAGUGACGAAGACAAAGAUGAAAAUGAAGAUAAUGAAGGAUGA